AUGUCUUAGAUAAGCGCAUAAAUUCGACAACUGUCUGCUAAAGACGGCAUUCUAAUAUUUUCCAAGUUGUGCUAUCCAAUAUUCCAAAAUGAAGUGUUUCCUUUUAGUGUCUUUGCUUACAUGUUUUACUUUUGCUGCUGAGAAAAUUGAAACUACAGCGGGAUGUAACUACCAUGGAAAAAUUAUUCCUGAAGGAGUUGGUUUUGUUCCCGCACCAAUUGGUUAUUGUCUAAAAGUAAAGUGUCUUAGUGCAGAAGGAAAUACCAUGGGAUUAUUAACGUGUCCAAGUAAACCAUCUCCUCCAGGUACUCAUUUGUCACCAAAAGAUUUAACAAAAGAGUUUCCCGAUUGCUGUCCUAAACUGGUUCCCAAUUAAUUACUUGAAAUAUUAAAAUAAAUAUAAUAGAUACAUUGUG